UUAAUCGCUAAAACAUAUAAAGAUAUCGAGUUUUUGUAACUGAAGUUGAUGUUAUUAAGAAUUUUAUUGAACUUCAAUUUAUAUAAAAAUCACAGAGAUCGGACAGAAAAAUCAGUUGAGUUCCCGACUUCAAACAGAAAAAUGAAAUUCUCAAUCAUUCUUAUUGCUUGCCUUUUGGCAUUUGCUUUUGCUGAUGAGCAUGAGGAACACCACGAAGAACACGGUCACCACGAGGAGCAUGAACACAACGAAGAACAUGGUCACAAUGAGGAGCAUGACCACCACGAAGAACAUGGUCACCACGAGGAAAAUGAACACCAUGAGGAACAUGACCACCACGAGGAACAUGACCACCACGAGGAACAUGGCCACCAUGACGAGCAUCAUAAUCACCAUGCCGAUAUUGUUAAGGAAUAUGUUGAACAAGGCCCCAAGGAAUAUAAAUAUUCCGUGGACUUAAGUGACCACACUCACGUUUCACACGAAGGCCAUUUGGAGGACAAGAAGACUUGGGUGGUUAAGGGCGAAUACGAAUACAAAGAUAAACAUGGAAAACCAAUUAAGGUUACUUACACCGCUGAUGAUCACGGCUUCCAUCCCAAAAUCGAACAAUAAAUUACAAAUAAUGAAAGAAUGAAUAACUUUCGUUAUAUCUAAAGAACAAUAAAUAUUAGAAUCUGCAUAAGUUAUAGAA